CAAAUUUUGUGUCAUGUUAUUUUAUAAAAAAAAAUCGAUGUUAUAUAUGUAUAAAACGGCAACAUGACCAACUAUAACGAUAGGACAUCAUCCUUUCCAAGCGAAUCUAAAAGAAAACAACGAAAACUCCGCAUCACAGUUGAUUUUAAAGGCCUUUUUCUAAAUUCUCUUAAAGUGGUGCAGUUUAAGGGAAGUUUAAGGCUCCAGUUUAAGGCCGCAUUCGAGAGGAAGAUGCUCAGAAGGAUACUUGGCCCCGUAUGUGUGGAAGGACAAUGGAGGAGCCGCUAUAAUGACGAGCUAUACGAGAUGUACGGCGACCUCACUGUCGUACAGCGUAUAAAGCUCGCCAGGAUCCGGUGGGCUGGCCAUGUUAUACGCAUGGGAACGGACGACCCAGCCCGUAAAGUCUUUUUAAGCCCUCCACAAGGACAGAGGAGGCGUGGUAGGCCCAAAUUGAGGUGGCAAGAUGGCGUGGAAGCGUCCGCCAUUAAGGCCGGGAUAACGGACUGGCAGACGAAGGCGCGAGACCGUGAGCGGUUUCGGACACUCCUGAGGCAGGCCAAGACCGCAAAGCGGUUGUAGCGCCGGAUAAUUGCAGUCCAAGGGAUACAAAAGUGACAACUCUACAGUAUAACCGAACAUGUCAACGCCUACUUCCGAACAAUUCUAUAUCUCGCUGAAAUGCCUGAACAAAUCUACAACUCGCUGAACAUGUCUAUAUAAUCCUCGAAAACCCAGUUGUGUAGUCAUUUUAUACAAAAAACCAUCGUAUUGACACAAAAUAACGCCGUACGAAAUGUAUCUUCUUUUUUCGCCAAUUAUUCAAACAAAUUAAUCUAAAACGAAUUGGACGCCAUCAUCAUCCUAUAAAAUAAGGUCAUUCACACGCACAAACGAAAUUUUGACACUUUUUACACGGUUUAUCACACACAAAUCCACAUAUUUUAGUAUCUCGAGCAACAUUCGAGCAGAUUAUGGUUAAACAUUUAGAACAAAUGUCACUUGGGUCGUCACGGCGAAAAUUGAACAACAAGUCAAAUAAAUUGAUGAGAAUCUAUCUUUAACAUCCAAUUGAAACUCUACCAGUUAUGACACCGAAUUCCACCAUCGAUAUAAGCACUCCGACUGGUGGUGGUGGAAGCACGUGUGGCGGAACCAACGCAGUCAGUGCUGAUUCAAGUGUAGCCUCCACGGAUAGCAUCGAUGAGGAGGAUGAUGUACACGCCAAAGUUAAGAAAAAAUCUGACGCGAUAAAGAAAGAAUCGGUUAGCUCAACUAAAGUUAGUAAUAGCAAUUCUUUCAAAAGCUACGAUAACUCUGGCUACCCAAAAGAUAAUGGGCUGAUAUCUGGUCCCCCAUCAGCAGCAAUACCUAUUCCGCACAGUCCAGUUUCUUCUUCAGCCAUUUCUCCGACCAACAAUAUAAAUAGCAACAAUAACAACAGUAACAACAACAAUAAUCUUCAGUUAUACUAUAAUCAUCCCAAUCAUUCGUACGGAGUCAUAAAACAUAAAUGUCCACCUGGACCAGUCAUUGGCCAUGAAAUUGAAGGAUCGCCUGCAACUACGGGACCUUCUGCUGGAGGAAUUUAUUUCAAUAAUAAGCAACAGGAAUAUUUUAGUAAAACGGAAUGUGGGUUGCACUAUCAACCAUCAUAUCAGCAUUAUCAGAAAACAGUCGUGCCCCCUGGAGCAAUUUAUACCAAUACCCAACACAUACUCAAUGAUAGCUACCAGGGUGCACAGAAAAUAGAUUACAAUCCCGCUCAGAGUUUAAAGGGUUUUAGCACUAAGCCCUUAGUACAAGAUAAUUCCCAAAAGUUGCACCACCAACAACAAAUGCAAAAUGAUCCAACGUUCCAGUCACAGAAUCAACCUUUUUAUAACAGCUGCGAUACAGGCCAUAACGGCGCCGGCCAAUAUGUUCCAAGUGGACAGCAUUACUAUUCGAAUGAUUAUGAUCCACAGCACGAGUUUGGUGGUGGGACAGGCUACUAUGAACAUACCAAGAUGAGUUUAGUUGGACAAAAUCACUACUACGACAGCAUGGGUUCCUUUCAACAUAAUACUGUAGCUUCUAACAAUAACAUGGAGUAUCAAGGCAAUGCACCGUACGCUGGUAUUGAUGCUGCACUACCAGGUGGAAUAGGCAAUGAAUCCUGUGAAUCCUAUGCCUUCCAUCAAUCGUCCCACCUAGCUAGUGCAUAUUAUGAACAACAACAUCAACAUCAACAGCACCAAUCGCAGCAAAAUCACCACCACCAGCACGCUUUUCAACAUCACAGCAUUCAGCAAUUACAAGUUUUCCCUCAUCAACAGCAAACGCAUUCAAACCCUACCGGAGUAUCUGGUGUGAAUAACGCUACUGUAGCCAAGACAACAACCCAUAUCGAAAACCAUCACGAUAUUACCACAGGCGAGCAUUGCUCGUUCAACGGCUGUCCACCAGGUAGCAGCACUAGUACAACUCAAUCAAAAGCAGCCGCUAUGGUUAGCAUGGACAAUUCCAAUUCGUCUGAUUUCAAUUUUCUCAGCAAUCUAGCGAAUGAUUUCGCUCCAGAAUAUUAUCAACUCAGCUAAUUGUUAAUUUAAUUGUUUUCAAUAGUCUCCUGAUUUUAGUUCUUUUAUGCUAGAAAAUACACUUGAUUUGCCGAGUCAUA